ACCUGAUAACCUGCGGUGCCACUCACUGGACACACAUUAAGGAGGAAGCGAUGGCGACCAGAAAUAACUUUUGUGCUGCGCAUUUGGCGUCUCUGCUUGCACUUGUGUCGAUUGCGGCGUUCGUCCUGGUCGAUGCUUCCCCUGAUUCGACGAAGACGGUGGAGUUCAACGUGAGACCGGGAGGAGUGGUGCACACUUUCACUGAGUCGAUUAGGGAGUAUGAAUGCUCAUUCACUUAUGCUUCACAAGGGGGAACCAAUGAGCAAUGGCUGAUGAGUGUGGGUCUGAGUGACGAUGACAGACUGUUUUCCUGCUCUGUGUGGAGGCCCCAGGGGAAAUCGUACCUGUUUUUCACUCAGUUCAAAGCUGAACUGAAGGGAGCCAAAAUUGAAUAUGCCAAUGCAUAUUCGCAGACAGCGUCCGCGGGACAGAAAGACGUGCCUUUGAAGCCGGAGGAAUUUACUGUAGGAGACUCAACAGUGACCCACGCAGAUGGAAAGUUCAGUGCUCAACUCUCCAAACUGACCGCCAUUGGACGGACACGACACGACGAGCUGUAAUUGGUCAGAAGUCAGACUUGGCUUUGGUCAUGUUUUGACCAAUCAGAGCACCUUGCUGAGCUCUGGGUCAGGACCUCUGUGUUUCAGCUCAGUAGUCAAAUGAAGGAUGGAUUUCGGAGAGUUCUUCCUGAGUAACAACCAAAAAUUGAAGUGGGAUGAUACUGAUAUUGCCUUUGCAGCAGUUUGUGUGUCAGUACAUUAAUUACCUGGUAUGUUUUACAAUGGAUUUAUCUGCUACUUCUACCAUAAAAUACAGGAAGGAAUCAGUUGAGUAUUCAUAUUUUUUACUACGUAAUGUCUUAGUUAAUAUUCUGUAAGAUAAAGUGCUUCCAUAGUUGUUUCUGAAGCUAUAAUAUACAGCGAGCAAAUCUGGUCUGGGGAUGUAUGUGAAUGUAGAGUCUUGGUGUCGGGGGCUUGUAGAGUAUAGAUAACGUAUUUAGAGUACAGAGGGAUUUAUCCAUCCUGUGUAAUCCUGAGAGGAAAGUGAGUAAUCCCCAAUGGCGUCAUCGCACACGUAGAAACAAUUACAUUUUCCUCAAUCUCGUCCUGUUCUGGAUAACUGUAAGCACAUAUUUCAUCCGCUAAAUCGCCAAUUAGUACCACUCAUGAUAACUUUUGGUUAUUUUUGUAAUUUUGGCCCGGAGGGAUACUUGUUAUAGAGCAAGUAGCAGCUUCAUUACAUGAUACAAGAGAUAGAUAUACAUUAUACAGUGAAGAUCACUCUGUGUUUGCAUUUUUUGAUAAAUCUUUAACCGUGUCAAUAUGAGUUCAUUAUAAAAACCCUAAAUUGAGAAAAUAUGAUGAGGUAAUAGGUAUAAAAGAUUAUUUUAAAUUACCUUAAUCUUGAUCAUUUUAAUUGGACACCUGCAGCAGGUGAUGCAGCAUAAGAUAGAACCCUUUUCUUAUUUCUAACACACUUGCUUCUAAUUUCAGGAUAUUUCAGUCCGCAAUUACUUUGUUCGAGGUUGAACCCAGAAAUGCCAAAAUAUAAGGCAUGUAUAGAUAUUUGGAUGAUUGUAUAUACAGCAGAGAUACACCAUCGCAUAUUCCUGAGCCCUUCUUGAACCUUUUGCUUUCAUCCUUCGGUGCUACACGUGUGGAUCAGCAAGGAUGUUGUGCCGGUUUCAGAAGUACAUCGUCAUGAUUACAGGUUCCCCUCCUCUCUCGGCAACCCUCUGUAGCAAGAGCAGGAUCGCCUUAAUCUUCCUUACAUUGAUCCAACUCCACAUAGGAGUUCCAGAAGAUGAGUUCUGGGGAUUGAUUUCAGAUUUGAGGAUUUUUGCUGAUUUGAUUCUGAGGUUGGAUUACUCGCUGAGGUUCGUACCUUGUUUGAUCCGGGUUUGGAUUCUCUCGUCUGUCUAGAGGUGAUCCUCCGGAGUCGAGGAAAUGCUCUGUCUGUGUCGCCGUCAAGGGUCCCUCUGGGGUCAGAACAGGAAAUAACCACGUCCGGAUGCUGACCCAGCAUAGAGAAAAACACACAAGAUGUGACUUAUUUUGUUUUCUUUUCCUUUUUCGUGAUGAAAUGUGAUGGUUGUUUCAAUAAAGACAUGUUGUCACUGUU